GGUCAGAGUUGAGAGGAGAGGAAGAUGGCGGCUCCCAUGUGCGAGCUUUUCUCGCUGUGUCUGGACUCCGCCGCCGCCGGCUCCCGGGUCGAGGUUCGCUUCAUCAGCAACGUGAAGGGGAAAGGACUCUUUGCCAGUAAGGAUAUAAGGAAAGGAGAAACCAUCUUUGUGGAGCAGCCCAUAGUUUCAGCACAGUUCCUCUGGAAUGCCUUGUACAAGUACAAAGCCUGUGACUACUGUAUGAGGUCCCUGGAAACAGCCGAGGAGAACAGCUGCAGACUGUCGGGAAACCCCAACCUGAUUCUUCCACACCCAGAGCAGUGCAGUGUCCGAAAGGAGCUCCUGGAUACCUGUCCUGCCUGCCAGGAGUUGUACUGUAGUGUUGAGUGCCGGCAGGCUGCAUUGAAGCAGUACCACCAGGCUCUGUGCCUUGGACCCUCGAAAGACGACCCUCAGCAUCCCCUGAACAAGCUGCAGGAAGGAUGGCGGAACAUGCAUUAUCCUCCGGAAACGGCCAGCAUUAUGUUGAUGGCUAGGAUGGUUGCCAUGGUGAAGCAGGCUAAAGACAAGGGCCGCUGGACGAAGCUCUUCUCCCAGUUCUGCAGCCGAACAGCCAACGAGGAGGAGGAGAUAGUUCACAAACUGAUUGGAGACAAAUUCCAGGGUCAGUUGGAAACACUCCGGCAGCUCUUCACCAAAGCUCUCUAUGAGGAUAGCCUCAACCGGUGGUUCACUCCUGAGGGAUUUCGCUCACUCUUCGCUUUGGUUGGAACCAACGGGCAAGGCAUCGGGACCAGCUCCUUAAGUCAGUGGGUGCAUGGCUGUGAUGCACUCCAGCUUCCUGCACAGGCAAGAGAAGAGCUGGAUGGUUUCAUUGACCAACUGUACAAAGACAUUGAGAAAGAGAGCGGAGAAUUCCUGAACUGCGAGGGAUCCGGCCUGUAUAUCUUGCAAAGCUGCUGUAACCAUAGCUGUGACCCCAAUGCUGAGACCUCCUUCCCAGAAAACAACUUCCUCCUCCACCUGACUGCACUCCGAGACAUCAAAGCUGGAGAGGAGGUGUGCAUCACUUAUCUGGACUGCUGCCAGCGAGAGCGGAGCAGGCACACACGGCACAGGAUCCUCAGGGAAAAUUACCUGUUCAUCUGCUCCUGUCCCAAAUGCGUGGCUCAGGCUGGCGAUCCUGACUUAACCUCAGAGGAAGAGGAUGAGAUUGAGGCUGAUGCGGAGAGCGCUGAACUUGAAGACGAGAUGACAGACGUUUAAGGCAGGCGCUGAGUGGGAGGAUUCAGCAGGAAGAGGCCUGUUACAGAGCACCUCUGUUCACCAAUGCAAUAACCACACCUAGGAUCCACACACACACACACACACACAAAUCUCUGUACAAAGCACUUACUGCAACUCAUGGGCAGCCUGGUCAAUUAAUCACACCAGUUGCUUCGUGUGAGUGAAAAAAUAAUCGUUGUUUUGGGAAGGGGGUUGUUGUUGGGUGGGGGGGAGCCAGAGGCUGUACUCCAUGAACACGGCCCUCUACCCUCUCCCCACCUUGUCUUGCUAAGGGACUGGCUCCCUUUGCUGCUUGUGCUCCUGCUCUCUCCGCAUGGUGAGGGAGGAUGAAGGUACACGUUGUAUUUCCGUAGGCCUCCCGCUGAUGCCAGCUUUGUGACCUACACAGGCGUAGGAGGUCACGGACCCGAGUUUGGGUUGGUAGUUGGCCGUUGAUCGAGGCAAUGGGCUGGUUGGUGGGUCGGGGAUGAGAUGUGUGGGAGGUGGUGGGGUCGUAGAAUAAGGAGAUGGAUGGGGCAAGGCAGGGGAUGGUUGCAGGGUGGGGUGGUGAGUGUGCGUGCAUGGGGGAGCAGGGAGGUGGAGUUUGAGCUACGGUCAGUCUUUCUAUCGCCGACGAGUGAGGAGUGAAUCCACCCAGAAGCUUCGGUUCUUCUGCAGUGCACCACACCCCCCCCGCCCCCGCCAAUCAGGGCACAAACAGGGACUCGCACACAGAAGAAAUGGGGUGAGAUUAUUAUGAGGCAUCCAAAACAAGGGAUUGAGAGUGAGGAUGGAGAGCGUCAACUCACUGAGGAUAACAAUUGUAUUCUAUUGUCAUGUAAUACACAAACUGCUCAGGAGUUUUAAAUAGAUCCAAAGUGCAUUCAGCCCCAUUUCAGCUCAUGUGAGACACAGAAGCUCUCUUAUGUGUCUUGGUGUGUGUUUCUCUCUGUGCCUCUGUUUGCUGGUCUCUGUUAUCUGUCUCUUUUCAUUGGGGUUUCUGUGUCUACGCUGUCUGUUUGUGUCUCGUCUUUAUGUCUGUGUGUGUGUGUGUGUGUGUGUGUGGAAAUCUGUGUGUCUGUGCAUGUCUCGCUGUAUGCUUGUGGGUCCCUAUCGGGUCUCUGGAUGUGUGGACAUCUGUGUCCACAUCUGUAUCUGUCCCACUAUCUGCCUUGGGAAUGAGAGAGGGACAUCCACUGAAUGGGUCAAAGGCAUGAUCUUUUUAAUUCUCCAUAUGUUUGAGAGGCUUCUCCCGAGGGUGUCUGGUCAGUCUACCCUGGGGAGUGCUAUCAUCUGCAUGGUCUGUGGUCUUCAGAGGCCCAGACCCUAAAUCAUUCUUUACUUGUUACCAUAUUCAUGGCCUCUCUAUCGCCCCCUGAGGAGGCUAAUGGAUUCAGACGCUGGGUAUGAAGUGACAAAUCUAUUGACGUGACUGGUUUACGUAGGGAAAUAGGCCAUUCAACCCAACUGGUCCAUGCUGGUAUUUAUGCUCCAGAAGCCUUUUCCCAGUUCGCUUUGUCUCAAACUAUCAGCAUAACCCUGAGAUACAUGGUUAGUCUGUGAUGUACCUGGCUCCUUGGAGGACGAGAGCAAGUGAAGCUGUGUCCGACGUUGUGUUGUUCAAACAGCAUGGAGUAGGGGUGAAGGGUGUGGCACGGUUUGAGCUGCAAUUGUGCUCAGGAGCCCUGCAGUGAAUCCUGGAGGAGUGCAGGAACGGUGGGGGGGGGGGGUGGUGGGGGGGUGGAGGCGCAGUGUGUUCUGGUCCUGGGGAGAGCAGGUGUUUGGACUAUUAGGACAGAAUCCAACCAGCUUCCAUCUCCACCCCCCCCCCCCCCCCAAACCAGGGUCAAAUAUGCUGCUGGCACCCCUUGUGAGACGAAUGGGAUCUUGUGUGGGUAGUGGUGUUGAGUUACCUAUAAAUCAGCAACCAACAUGAGCCUUGUGAAGACAAAGGUGGGGAGGGGAUUUGGUGGAAAUUUUUUAUGUUGCAUAUAAUCUGGAGAGAAAUUCUAUAUAAAUACUUAGCUUUAGGAUAGGUUGUAGCUUUCAGUCAGACUGUACUUGGGUCAGCAAAAUAUUAGCUGCCGAUUAAAUCAUUGCAGCCUCUCAAACUCAAAGCACUGAGGUAUGAUCCACUUGCACGUGUUCAAUAAAAGGUUUGGAAAACAUGA